UCUCUCUCUCUCUCUCAUGCGUGCCAACCCCAAAGGAGAGAAGGAAGAACAAAUCAUCUCUCUCUCUCUCUCUCUCUCUUCGGACAACUCAUGCGUGCAUUUAUACCAACCGGAUCGUGAGACUCCCAAUCGCGCACGCCGUUGAAGUUGACCGAGAAUCCCGUUUCCCGUCCUGCCUUGCCAGAUCCCGUCCGAUGGCGACGUCGGCGGCGGCCGAGGCGGCGAGGUGGGUCGAGGAGUCCACACGCGACGCCCUUCGGUUCCAGCUGGAGACCCUCCGCUCGAUCCUCGAGAGCAACGCCGGCACCGCCUACCUCCGCCUUCACCUCCGCGACCGCCUCCCUGAUCCCGCCCGAGUCGACCCCGCCCUUGUGGCCACCGCCUUCCGCCGCCUCGUCCCUCUCUCUUCCUACGACGACUACGCGGAUCUGAUCGAGAGGAUCGCCGACGGCGCCGAGCCGCCCGCCGCCCUCUCCCUCGAUCCCCUCAUCUGCUUCUUCAAUAGUUCAGGAACGAGCACCAUGAAGCCAAAGCUGAUACCUUUCUUCGAUUCCAUACACACCAAGUCUGCUUCCAGUCUUGCUCACCAAGCCAGCUCGGCCUUCCUUCACAGGUUAUUCCCUCCAAGAUCUUCUAGCAGUAAGAUUCUGUGGUUCUUGUACGCCGGAAAUGUCACCACGACCAGAGCUGGAUUCAAGGUAAUGGCAGCUUCUGCAUACCCUUUCCACAGCAACUCCACCACGACGACGCCUUCACCUUUGCUCUCGAUGUGCAUUAGCCCCCGCGAGAUCAUCACAGGGUCCGACGCCCAACAACAGAUGUACUGCCACCUCCUCUGCGGCCUCAGGCACUCUGCCUCCAUCGACUGCAUUCGAUCCCCUUACGCAGCUGGCCUGAUCAGGGCGAUGCGCAUGUUGGAGUCCAAGUGGAUGCAGCUCUGCGACGACAUCGAAUCCGGCUUGGUCAGCUCAGAGAUCACCGAGCUUGCCAUGAGAAGGGCGGUCGGAGAGCUGCUCGGUGGGCCGCGGCCAGACUUGGCCGCGAGGAUUCGGGGAGCCAGCAGCAGAAAGAAUUGGAAUGGGAUUCUUCCCCUUUUGUGGCCGGAACUGCGUUACAUCGCUUGUGUUAGCACCGGCAGCAUGGAGCAGUACUAUCCCACCCUGAAGCACUACGCCGGCGAGGGAGUGCCAUUGCUGGGCGGCGACUACUUCGCUUCGGAGUGCCCCAUCGGCAUCAACAUGGACAGGACGCGCCCGCCGGAGCUGACGAGCUUUGUGAUUCUUCCCGGUGCAGCCUACUUCGAGUUCCUUCCCUUUGACUUGGGAGCUUCAUCUGCUGCAAAAGAGACAGUAGACAUUUCCGGUGUAGAGGUCGGGAAGAUGUACGAGGUGGUGGUGACUACUUACCGGGGGCUGUACCGCUACCGCCUGAACGAUGUUGUCAAGGUCGUCGGGUUCCAUAACUCCUCCCCGAGAGUGGAGUUCAUCACCAGAGCACCAAAACAAGCUUCAGAGGACUUCACCGAAAGAGAUUUGAUGUCUGCAAUGGCCAGUUUCGAGCUUAUGGUUGGGGAGAGGGAUGGAGAACAGAUGGUGGAGUUUGCUGGUUACCUGGAUCCCAACUCGGACCAGAAGCAUCUGAUCAUCUUCGUCGAAUUGAGCAAAGAUUGCACCCUUCUACAGAGAGAGAGAAUGGAGGAGUCCAUCACGCAUUUGAGGAGAUGUUGUCAGUCCCUCGAAGGUUGCCUGGGGAGUGUUUACAAGGCGAAGAGGGCCGAGGGAGAUCUUGCAGCUCUGGAGAUAUCGGUAGUGAAACCAGGUAGCUUCGAAGGACUAGCAAGAGCAGCCGUAGAGGGUGGAGCACCUGCGAAUCAGUAUAAACCUGCGAAGAUCAUCAGAAACAGCAACUUUGUUGAUUUGCUGAAAGCAAAUGUUGUAAUAAGUAGUAGUAAUGGCGAGUUGAGAACCUUACCAGUGUAAGAUUGGCCGUCAUCGAUCUUAAAUGCUCCUCUCCAAGUAUCUGUUGAAGCUUGAAAGCAUUGUGAAGCAGUGUAAUAAACAUGGUGUUGUGCAUCAA